GACAAAGGAUUGUUGAGUGAUCCUGGGCAGGAGCAGGUGACCCUCUUUGUCGGCAGCUGCUUCCCAUCUCCAUCUUUUUCUCCCUCUUUCUCUUUCCAUCCCGUCUUAUCUUCUCACAUCAAGAUCCACCAGCAUCCCUAUUUUAUCCAACCACUCUAUAUCUAAACAGUCUACGCACCAUCAGCUACCCUUCUUUCUUUCUUUCUGUGCAUCACCAUUUAUAGUCCUAGCACCGGCCAUACUCGACGCAUUCCUCGACUAUCUCAACCACACCACCAUGCGGCAUCACCUCAUGCUAUCCGAACUAGCAUCACCCCCUCCCCAAACCGCCGACCAAGUUGUCCAGUCCCUUCAAGCCCUGCAUCUCAUCGAGGCCGGUUCUCGGCCCAGCCUCGAGGACUACUAUCCCAACAUCAUCCCAAUCGAAACAUACAUCCAAACUCGACCGUCCGCCACGCCCCUGCCCUCAUCCAUCUUCCUGUAUUCCAAAGUCGCAGAGAUGCGGAAAACAAUAUUUGAGCCGGUCCGCGAGAGGCUGGGACAAUUGCUGCUGGAGUCGUUAGGGGAUAGGCUCAAGGAUGCCAGUUAUGAUAUGGUGAUGCUGGAUAAUAAGAUCCUGCCAUCUGUGUUUAUUUUUGUGGAACGUGCGACGGUCUUGGAUUGGGCGAGACUGGAGAGUCAGGUUAGAGCGAUUCUGGCGCAGGCUGUUGGGAAAUGUGGCUUUAUGAUUGACGUGAAGUUUCACAUUGCCCACACAUGACUGAGUACGGGAGAUAGUAUACGUCGGUAUAUCAGUUACCCUAGUCCUAAGACGGAAAGUAACAGUGUUAGAGGAAAAUACA